AUGAGAACAGUCCGCAGAAAUGUCGUCUCCAACAGCACGACGGGCAACGUGCUGAUCCCCGUGGUAGUCGGCGGGCCGCAGGACCUGUUCGUGCCCAACCUGGUGCGCGCCAACGUGGGCGACAUCGUGCAGUUCCAGUUCAGCAACGGCAACCACACGGUGACGCAGAGCAAGGAGACGGAAGGGUGCGCGCCGAUGCAGGCCUCGGACCCGACCGCCAUCCACAGCGGGCACAUACCCUUCCAGGACGGCCAGGAGGAGGUCGGCACAUUCAACAUGGUGGUGAACUCGGCUGAGGCCAUGUUCCUGUACUGCGCGACGGGGCCGCACUGCCAGACCGGCCAGGUCAUGGUCAUCAACCCCAAAAAUGACAUACAGCUGGCAAACUACGCCAAGGUGUCCCAGAAAACCAAGGAGAGCGUCGACGGGACGACCGUCGCCGGCGGCAUCGUGGGCAAGAUUGCGCUGGCCAAGGCAGCCUUCAUCCCGGCGCCUCCGGAAGAAGAAGAACCGGCACCAUCGAAACCGGCACCAGAAAAGCCGGAACCGGAAGAGCCGGCGCCAGCGAAACCGGCACCGGAAGAGCCGGCACCAUCGAAACCGAAGCCGGAGCCGGUACGGGCGCCGGUCGACCUCCGCACGCUCGCCGGGGAUCGCCGCACGGCGGCUGGGCCGCCCAUGUGGUUCGUCAUGUCGAGCAUGCUGGCCGGCAAGGAGCUGGAGGACGCCUCUGGGGCUGAGGGCGCAAAAGGACAGCGAAACGCAAGCAGCAAGGCGCUGCGCAAUUAA